GUAGUGUGGUCCUUUCGCGUCCGAAGGGUGGGGAGCCGCGAACGCGGAAAGUGGAGCGCGAGCGUCGUUUGCAGAGGUCUUAUAAGGUGCAGCCACCAUGUCGUUCACCGCCAGGAAGAAGAUUCAAAAGGAGAAUAAUCAAGAACCAGAUGAAUUCGAGGAGUCUGUUGCGCAGGCUCUCUUUGAUCUGGAGGCCACCAACCAGGAGCUGAAGAGUGACCUCCGUGAUCUCUUCAUCAAUUCUGCCAAGGAAAUAGACGUCUCGAAGAGUCGCAAGGCUAUCAUCAUUCAUGUGCCCUUUCGGCUAAGGAAGGCUUUCCAGAAGAUUCAUGCGCGUCUUGUGCGGGAAUUGGAGAAGAAGUUCAGUGGAAAGGAUGUAGUUAUUGUGGCAACGAGGAGGAUCAUGAAGCCGCCGAAGAGGGGCAUCUCUGUGGCGAGGCCCAGGAACAGAACAUUGACUGCUGUCCACGAGGCGAUUUUGGAAGAUCUUGUCUAUCCCACGGAGAUUGUCGGCAAGCGCGUGCGAUUCUGUCUUGAUGGCUCCAAGAUCAUGAAGGUUUAUCUUGAUCCGAAGGAGAGAAAUAGUACCGAGUACAAGUUGGAGACCUUUGGAGGAGUGUAUAAGAAGCUGACGGGGAAGGAUGUCAUGUUCGAGUUCCCUGUUCAGGAAACACCAGCAUAGAUGCCUGCGAGCAACCUGGCUCCUCGUCUUCCCACUCGUUUUCCUCUUCCUCCCCAGCGAAUCUGUGGUCUCUGAGUUGAAUCGAAUGGGUUGAGUUCUGCACUGAGUCUGCUCAUAUACCUCGCUCGGCCCUCGCAAGGGAAUUGAUCUUUGAGUUGGAUGGAAGGGGGUCGACUUCUCCACUGUGAGGUCUGUGCACACCGUCUUCACGUACAACUUCCUCAGCAAAAGGCGUUUUCUCGAGCGUUUGCAGUAUUGGUUGUUAUUUCCUGUGUACGCGCUUGGAUGGUAACAAAUGAGCCAGCCACAGCUUCUUUCUCAUAUUUUCGAUUUGAUUUUCUGUGACAAAUGUGUGUGGAAUCUGCGUUUCAUCAUGCGAACGCUGUGCACCGAAUCCAACUAAACUGUGAAGUUGCUUCUACCAUCCUCGCCAGAACACAAGGCACUCCCUCUCUGAAUAUAUAUACUUUUUGACGAUAUUGAAUACGACGCAGCUUGGUAGGAUUGUGUACAGAACUAUAAAGUCAAACAGAGAUUCCCGGUAAACUGUAGGGAGAGAGGGAGAAGAGGACAACAAGCGAUGGGCUGUGACAAAACGUUUCGUCGAAGUUUCACCAACCAUAUAUCAUGAAAAAGAGCUGCCCGGUAACUACAUGUCUCUGUUCGACGUAUGUUUUUUUUUCUUUUCUUCUUCUUCUUUGAGUUGCGGAUAUCACUUAGGGAGGUGAUAAGAUCAGCCUCCCUAAGUGGGUCUCCGGUUGAAGGCUCCAUCCAAUGGUCGGGAGCUGCACCUGCUGGAAACCGGGUCCAGAGUCCUUCAUCUUACAGGACACAUCAAGGACUGACAAAUGUUUGGACAACUGACAUAUGCUGGCAGAGUUCAGUCCUUCCUGUUGCCUGUCCCCCCGAGGCAUGGUGAGGACAGGUGUGAAAUGGCAGGGCUUUUGGGUCCUUUGUGUUUCCUGAUGACACAAAGGGGGGGUAAGGGGUGGGGUUGAUGUUUCCAGGUGGUGGGUGUUCGAUCCUCUAUUACUGCGUCCGUGUUCUGUCCCGGCAAUGGGGCGUGGAAGCAAUCCAGUGGUCUGAGUCCCCAAUUCUUUUCUUGGGCUGACAGUUUACCGGGCAGCUCUGUUAAAGUUAACAUAUUUAGGACUCCAAGAUUAACAUUUUUUUUGUUUUUUUGUUUUUUAUUCAUUCAAGACAUACACAUAUAAAAAAUAAGAAUCGAAAUAGGAAUAAUGAAUGGGGAGCAUGACGUAUAACUUGCCGUAACUGCCAAAGAGUUUUGUUUCUAUGGAGUACCCUAUGCUAUAAAUUAUUUAAAGCAGAGGUUGCUAAUGGACCAUCAUUAAGAUGAAUCACUGGUCUUGGAUCAGGUGGGAGUACAGGAGGGAGAUCCCACUACCGAUGUGUGUGGAGAGUGGAGAGCGGAUAGGGCGUGUGACCCUUCGGCGCCGUUGAUGAGAACGGUGAUCAGUGGUGUUGUUUUUCUUGGUUUUCGGCGUAGGGAAACAUAUGACUUUUGGGUGGCUCCCAUUGGGUGGCAUUUCUUUUGCUUUUGUUGUGGUGCUCCUCUGGGGGUCGUGAACGUGCGUGAAAAUCAUACCAACUUUUUUUGGUUGGAUUUUCACACCUUCCACUUACGUUUGCGUCGUUGCCCAUGCGUUCAAAAGAGGAGGCCGAAAAUGAAAAUGUUCCCCUUUUCUCAUCAUGAAGGGAUGUCAGUUGAUGUCAGAGUCUUCCACAACUUGUCUGUCAUUCCAAGCCUCUCGUUGGGGAACGUUAACAAAUGUGUGUUGGCCUCAUGUACAUGGUCCAUGAACCGUCCACAUGCACAACAUACCAGCGGAAUCAUCAGAAGAUCCACAACCUGACAGCUGACCGCAGUUCGUGGCAGGUGGACAACAUUGCGUUGUCAGAAUUGUGACAUUUUGUUUUUUUCAACAUUUAUCGCGGAGUAAAGGAUGCCACAUGGA